AUGCAUGGUGGGAGUUGGAACUGGUACAACCACAACAUUCCACCGAAGCGCAGUGUGGCAACGGACCCUGUGGAGCGCAUAGAGCGGAUGGCGUCGUCGAGCGCGGUGGUGAUAUUCAGCUCGAGCACGUGCUGCAUGUGCCACGCUGUCAAGCGCCUCUUCUGCAGCCUCGGCGUGGGCCCCACCGUCUACGAGAUCGACCAGGACCCCAGGGGCCGGGACCUCGAGGCCGCCCUCCUAGCCAUGCUUGGGACGCCGCAGGCCGCCGUGCCGGCCGUCUUCGUCGGCGGGAGGCUCGUCGGGGCCAUGGAAGGGGUCAUGGCCGCUCACAUCAGCGGCGCCCUCGUACCCCUUCUCAAGGAAGCAGGCGCCCUCUGGCUCUGA